AGUCCCCUCUGUGUACAAGCCAUAAGUUAACCAACUGAUCUCAAGUUCCAACCUUGACCAUUUGCUGCCAAUCAAAGAACAAAAGAUGUCCACAAAACUCAUCACCCUGUUCACGUUAGUCCUCCUCCUCCUCUGCUCCACGCUAUCCUACACCGCCCGCCCCGUGCCAAACCCCCUGGAGCACUAUCUCGUGAAAACCCAACAUGGGGGUGUUGAAGCUCAGAAAACAGUGGUGGUAGUGGAAGAGAGCUGUGAAGGAGUAGGAGAUGAAGAGUGCUUGAUGAGGAGGACUCUGGCUGCUCAUGUUGACUAUAUCUACACCCAGAAGCAGAAGCCAUAGAACUUUUGCUCAUUAGCUUCUUAUAGCGAAUUAAUAGUAAAACACAAAAUUUAGGACCGAAAGUAAUACUAAAACUCCACAUGGCUCCGUUUUUAAUUGCUACGUGGAGUUUUCUGUAUCUUAUUUACAUAUUCCGAACAUCAUCAUAUGUAGCAAUACUAUAUUGUACUCUCAUCAUUCUGAAUCAUUUUAUAUAGUACUAAUUCAAGUCAA